GUUCCGCUUCCGGCGCGGCUCCGGUUCCGGUUCCGGCGGGGCUGUCGGUCCCGGUGCCGUUCCCGUUCGGUGCCGCCAUGCCCGAGGCGCUGUCGCUGCUGUGCCGCGUGUCCGCGCACCCCGAGUCCCGCUGCUGGGCCCUGGCCUGGAGCCCCAGCGGGGCCCUGCUGGCGUCCUGCGGCGGGGACCGCACCGUGCGGGUGUGGGGCCGCGAGGGCUCGGGCUGGGCGUGCCGCGCGGUGCUGGCGGACGGGCACCAGCGCACGGUGCGCAGGGUGGCGUGGUCGCCGUGCGGGCAGCUCCUGGCCUCGGCCAGCUUCGACGGCACCACCUGCGUCUGGAGGCGCCACGAGCACGGCUUCGAGGUGGUGGCCACGCUGGAGGGACACGAGAACGAGGUGAAGUCGGUGGCCUGGGCGCCCUCGGGGUCCCUGCUGGCCACCUGCAGCCGUGACAAGAGCGUCUGGGUCUGGGAGGUGGACGAGGAGGAGCAGGAGUUCGAGUGUGUCAGCGUGCUGAGCGCCCACAGCCAGGACGUCAAACACGUGGUGUGGCACCCCAGCCAGGAGCUGCUGGCCAGCGCCAGCUACGACGACACGGUGCGGCUGUACCGCGAGGACGAGGACGACUGGGUGUGCUGUGCCACCCUGGAGGGGCACACGUCCACCGUGUGGGCAGUGGCCUGGGAGCGCUCGGGCCAGCGCCUGGUGUCCUGCAGCGACGACCGCACCCUGCGCGUGUGGCAGCGGAACAUGGGACACGGCGCUGGCUCGGAGCACAGCUGGCAGUGUGUCUGCACCCUGUCCGGGUACCACGGGCGCAGCAUCUACGACGUGGCCUGGUGCCACCUGACGGGCGCGGUGGCCACGGCGUGCGGGGACGACGCGGUGCGGGUGUUCGAGGAGGUGGCCCCGGCGGCGCCGGGCUCGCCGGUGACCUUCAGCCUGGCGGCCCACGUGCCGCGGGCGCACGCCCAGGACGCCAACGGCGUGGCCUGGCACCCGCGCGAGCCGGGGCUGCUGGCGUCCUGCGGCGACGACGGCGACAUCGCCUUCUGGCACUACCAGCGCCCCGACGGGCUCUGAGCACCCGGGGACACCGGGGGACACCAAGGGACAGCACGGGGACACCGCGGGGACAACAUGGGCACCAUGGCACCCCGGGGACACCAGAGGGACCUCCAGGGCACCACAGGGACCUCCAGGAACAUCAAGGGGACCUCCAGGGACCUCCCGUGGCCUCCAGGAUCACCCAGUGCUCUCCAGAACCCUCCCACGGCCCCCAGGACACCUUGGGGACAUCCAGAGCACCUUGGGGACAUCCAGAGCACCUUGGGGACCUCCAGGAGAUCUCGGGGGUCUCCAGAACCCUCCCGUGGCCUCCAGGAUCACCCAAUGUUCUCCAGAACCCUCCCAUGGCCCCCAGGACACCUUGGGGACCUCCAGGGACAUCUUGGGGACCUCCAGGAGACCUAAUGUUCUCCAGAACCUUCCCAUGAUCUCCAGGAUUUUCCUGUGGCCUCCAGGACACCUUGGGGACCUCCAGGAGACCUCAGGGGCUGCAGGAUCAUCCAAUGUUCUCCACAACCUCUCCAUGGCCUCCAGAAGCUUCCUGUGUCCUCCAGGACACCUCAAGGGCCUCCAGGACCCUCCCGUGGCCUCCAGGAUCACCCAACGUUCUCCAGGACCCUCCAGUGUUCUCCAGAACCUUCCCAGAUGUCCUCCAGAACUUUCCCGAGUUCUCCAGAACCUUCCCAAGUCCCCCAGCCCGCCCCAGUGUCCCUCCCCAGUCGGGUCUGUGGGGCCGGGGCAGGUUUGGGGUCCCGGAGCUGCCCCACAGCCAAUAAAGCCCCGGGUGGCCCAAAAUCCCACAGGGA